AUGGGUCUCAAAUUUGGCCUUGCCGUCGGUGCUUCCCUUCUUACCGUGGCUAGUGCGCAGUUCAAGUGCAGUCUACCGGCGGGUGACAUUUGCGCGUAUGAAAAUGCCACUACCUAUCAGGCAGUCAAUGCCCCCAAUUGCACCACCCGUGGACUUCAGGCAUUUGUGAACAGGCUCCCGGGUCUGAAUGGGAGCGCCUUGACUGUUCCCUAUGCUUUCUACAUUGAUAGUAAUGCAACCUUGGAGGAGUUCACCGAUUAUGUCGGUGCUUCGGCCUUCACGACCAAUAUCCCGGCUGUGUGUGCUUUUCGAGUGAAUGGCACUAAUGCAGAUGGUGCCAGUUGGGGUCUGGGUGCCCUUCUUCCCACCCAUUUCAAUGGUAGCAUGAUGAUGGCUGCCCCAGAUUCUGGGUUGUCAUGGGGCGUGGCGAGUGCAGGGCUCAAAUACGCUUUUGCUACCUUCGCCACCAACUCGGGCCAUGACGAGCCUGACUACGUUCCGGGCUGGGAGACCCCAGAGGGUCUCAUCGAUUGGAGCCACCGAGCCCUGCAUUUGUCCACUCUCACUGCCAAAGCAAUUGUGAAAGCAUGGUACAAUGUGGAACCCACAUACAGCUACAUCACUGGGUGCGGUGAAGGAGGUCGGCAAAUCAUGAAGUCAAUUCAGACAUACCCAGAUGAUUACGAUGGUGCGAUGGCCGGUGCUCCGACUUGGUGGAUGACGCACCAGGCUUUCUACAGCGUCAAGCAGGAGACCCUCGGCGCUCCUGGUUCCAAAUCUUCGAUCCCGGAAUCGUUGUAUUCCGUCAUCGGCGAGGAGGUCCUUCGUCAGUGCGAUCCCCAGGACGGCCUCACAGACUCAAUCAUCUCCAGACCUCAAGGCUGCUUCUUCAACGCCGAAGCUCUCGCCUGCAACAGCACCCACACAACCGACUGUCUGACCCCGCCGCAGCUGGACACAGUCCAGAAAAUCUACAGCGACUGGGUCACCUUCGAUCAGGAUCUCAUCUAUCCCCGCGCAUGGUACGGUAGCGAACCCACCUGGAACUCUACCUUCGGCCGCUCUUCGGGAUCAUGGUACAUUGAGAACGUUCUUGGCUUCAAGAACUUCACAGCCCAGGACUUGACCUAUGAACUUAUCGCAGAAGCAGAUGCCCGUGAUUCUGUUCACGCCAACGCAGACGAAUUUGACCUGUCGCCGUUCUUCAACAGAGGUGGAAAGUUCUUCCACUGGCAUGGCAUGUCCGACUCGUUUGUCUCACCGGGAGCGAGCGUAUACUACCAUAACCAGGCUACAUACGCUGCAUUGGAGAAGGGAAUUGACAUUGAUCAACAUUAUCAACUCUACCUGAUUCCUGGCCUGGAACACUGCACCGGAACCCCCGACUGCAUGGCAGCCCUAUGGUACCUCGCCGGUCCCUACCAAGCUGGGAACUUCUUCAACUUUACGCCCGCCAAUGUCGUCGACAACUACGUCCAUGACUCAUUCCUCACUCUUAUCAGCUGGGUAGAGGGUAGUCAUGCGCCGUCGUAUAUGGUCACAACUGAUUUCAAGGAUAACGUGGAUCCUACUACGCUCUUGGAUAACCGGAAAAUAUGCCCAUACCCGAGACAAGCGAACUGGACUCAGACUGGUGUUUCGACACAUGAGGACUAUUGGGAUUGUAUUUAUGUGUAA